GUAGAGCUUUGAGUUUGACAAGAAAACCUUAAGUACUUCAUCCUAUCCAUCAGCAAUUUUGCCUUUGAGAACUGAUAACUGAAAGUGAAAGAAUAAAGAAAAUAUUAAACAGCUGAGCCCGCCCGGAGCCCGUGCGUGAGCUAAAAGUGAUAAGGUGGUAUUUCAUAUUUUGUAUGAGAAAUCACAUAUCCGUCAGACAGAAUGUCAGGAUAAACUUGAGCCUUACAUUAGUGAAGUAUGAAUGAGGUACCUCAUAUUAGAAAGAAGUGUGAUUUGUGAGUGUUAUUGAAAUUGAGAGUAAGUCUUAUUUGAAGUAGACUUGUUCUGUUCACUGGGUAUUAGUAGCAAGUGAUGUUGUGAUAUUCUUUCAUCAAUUUUCUAGCAAAUUCAAGCACUUGUUAGUUAACAAUCAUAUAUAAAAUGGAAAGAAGAAGGAAAGCUUUUAGAUUGAAAAAAACAAGUGCAACACCAGAAAAAAAUGGUACAAAAUCAACCCGACAAUCAUCUACUUCAGGUGAAGGUUCCAAAUCUCGUUCAGAAGAAAAAAACUCUGCAAGAGGCAAGAGUCAGCCCACAGGUUGUGUCACUCCCAAACACAACACAGUUGUCCAGCCCGAGUCUCCGUGUUCCCCACUACCAAGUCCUGGGUGUAUGAUGAUGUUUCCUGGAACGUUUAGAUCUCCUGAGAUAGAGGUCUCGUGGGAUUGGAGCUGUUCUCAAAUUCCUAAAGAAAUGUUACCACCGAAAAAAAGCAAACGAAAACAAGAUGUAAAGAUGCAGUCACCUAACCUGCCAAACAUCAACAUGUUCCAUCGACCUUUUCCUCCUCAGCAGAAGCAGAUCACCGAGGAGGAAAACCAGAAAAGACUUGAAUUCUACAAAAACAUAUUGGGCAUUAAGUCUGUUGAAAGUUCAUCUGAUGUUUUGUAUGAUUCUACAAACAAUAAUUUAGAAGAGGUUUCUGCAAGUGAUAUCCAAUCAUGUAGUACUCCAAAAAGACCUGUUACUAGGUUGUCACUAUCUUCAAAGAAAAAAAUUGAAGAUAAUUUAUUACUUGAUGACUCUGCCAAUGAUUUAAUGAUAGAAUGUAGCCAAGCAAUUGAAGAGAAAUUGAAAAAUGGUGAAAUUGAUAUGGGACCAAUCGUAGAUAUACAAAUCUCACAAUCAAAAAGACACCAUAGUCCUUUAAUAGAAAAUAGUAUGUCAAAUAAAAAGUCAUGUCUUGGAAGGGUCAAUCUCUUUCCUGAAAGUAGAAAUAAUGAAGAGAUAUGGCCUACAAGCAAAGAAAAAAAUAAUUCAAUGUUAGCUGAAAAUUCUAGUAAUAGAAAUGAUACAAAAAUUCAUUUAUUUGUGGAAUCAAACAAAUCUGUGCAAAGUAAUUCAACUUCAAAUAAAAUGAAGUGUGACAGCAGCUCUUCAAAUAAAACCCUACAUAAUACAUCAACAGGAAGUACUAAUAUUUCCAAAAAUAAUGUAUUGAAUCAGAAUAAAAUCAACGUAAAAGCAACUGAAAAGCAGAUGAACUCAAGUCAUCAAAAUUUAGUCCAGGACAAUGUUUCUCAGUAUACUUCAGAAUUCAUCAAUAAUCCAACCAAUAAAAGUGGCUCAACAUCUUCAAAUUUUGGUUGUACCAAAAUAUUACAUGUUAACACCUCAAAUCAAAAAGAUUUAGAUAAGAUUUGCAAACCACAAAAUAGUAACAACUAUCAAAGAAAUGAAGCCAAUUUUGUUAAACCGCCCAGUUCUAGUGCAUUAAGAAGUCAGCCAAGUGUAAAACAAGUAAACUGGCCAUCACACCAAAUGAAUGAACCACAGAGGCCAAUGUUGAACUCCACCUUACAAGAUGAUAAAAUAGAUCUUCAGUCAUUACUUGAUGAUGAUUUUGAUCUGGAACUCUCAAACUUGGAUGUUGACUCUCUUUGCCGUGAAAAUGAAUCCAAGAGUAAACAAGUGACAACCUCUGCACCAAAACUAUGCACUCAACAAGAAAUCGAAGCUAAAAGACAAGCAGCACUUCAAAAACUUUCGAUGAAAAAGAAAAGAUAGAUUGAUUGUGUCGGACAUUGUAUUUAUAUCUUGUUGUAUACCUUGUAUUUACACAUAUUGUAUUUUUUGUAAUAUAAGCUUAAAUUAUUUGGAAAUUAAUUAUUGAUAACUUUGUAAUGAUUAAAUAAAAAUACUUUAUGUCAAAACUGUUAAUAAAUUUUGUUUAAUGUA